AUGGCAGACGGAGAAGACAUUCAGCCUCUUGUCUGUGACAAUGGUACAGGAAUGGUUAAGGCUGGAUUUGCUGGAGACGAUGCACCAAGAGCUGUAUUCCCAAGCAUUGUUGGUCGUCCAAGACACACAGGUGUGAUGGUUGGUAUGGGACAAAAAGAUGCUUAUGUUGGUGAUGAAGCUCAAUCAAAGAGAGGUAUUUUGACAUUGAAAUAUCCAAUCGAGCAUGGUAUUGUUAGCAAUUGGGAUGAUAUGGAGAAGAUUUGGCAUCACACUUUCUACAAUGAGCUUCGUGUUGCACCUGAAGAGCAUCCUGUUCUUCUUACUGAAGCUCCUCUUAACCCUAAAGCCAAUCGUGAGAAAAUGACUCAGAUCAUGUUUGAAACUUUCAACACUCCUGCUAUGUAUGUCGCUAUUCAAGCUGUUCUUUCCCUCUACGCCAGUGGUCGUACAACUGGUAUUGUGUUGGACUCUGGAGAUGGUGUGAGUCACACUGUUCCAAUCUAUGAAGGAUAUGCGCUUCCACACGCCAUUCUGCGUCUUGACCUUGCAGGACGUGACCUUACUGAUUACCUCAUGAAGAUCUUAACCGAGCGUGGUUACUCAUUCACUACUUCAGCAGAGCGUGAAAUCGUAAGGGACGUGAAAGAGAAACUCGCUUACAUAGCUCUUGACUACGAGCAAGAGAUGGAGACAGCAAACACGAGCUCAUCUGUUGAGAAGAGUUAUGAGCUGCCUGAUGGACAAGUGAUCACAAUUGGAGGAGAGAGAUUCCGUUGUCCUGAGGUUCUAUUCCAACCGUCUUUGGUCGGAAUGGAAGCUGCUGGUAUUCAUGAAACGACUUACAAUUCGAUAAUGAAGUGUGAUGUCGAUAUCAGGAAAGAUCUGUAUGGAAACAUUGUGCUCAGUGGUGGAACCACUAUGUUCCCUGGUAUUGCUGAUAGGAUGAGCAAAGAAAUCACUGCUUUAGCUCCAAGCAGCAUGAAGAUUAAGGUUGUUGCUCCACCUGAGAGGAAGUACAGUGUCUGGAUUGGAGGCUCCAUUCUAGCAUCACUAAGUACCUUCCAACAGAUGUGGAUAGCUAAGGCUGAGUAUGAUGAAGCAGGACCAUCGAUAGUCCACAGGAAAUGCUUCUAG